CAAGGAGCCUCUCUCACAGCCACGUCUUUUGCAGGGCCGCAGAUUGUAGUGAGCGUCUACGGACCUGAUUUCUUUGGAAAUGAUGUGGUCAGAGGUUAUGGAGCCGUUCACGUUCCCUUCACGCCGGGAAGGCAUAAAAGAACCAUUGCUAUGUUUGUUCCAGAGUCCACAUCCAAGCUGCAGAAGUUUACAAGUUGGUUCACAGGGAGGCGUCCAGAAUUUACUGAUCCAAAAGUGGUAGCACGGGGAGAAGGAAGAGAAGUAACAAGGGUACGAUCUCAAGGCUUUGUCACCAUUUCCUUCAACGUCGUGACUAAAGAUAUGAAGAAGCUGGGCUAUGAUGUGAGCCCAAGCGACAUGCAGAACCCCUCUCUGGUGCCUGCUACAGAAAAGAUUCAUAAGUAUUGAACUCAGAAGUGAGACGGUCAGAGGUACACACAGAAGUUAAGCACUGGGAAUUGUUGUUUUGUUUUUUUUUUUUUCCUUCAAAUGGAAAAUGAGCACCUGACUCAAUUGAGAACAUUUUACCUGACCUUCAUUUUAAAAACAAAACACUAACCCAUAAGGCUUUGGAGUAAUUACUUAGAAUAUUAUUAUUUCAGAAGGAUACAGGGUGAGAAAAUAUAUAAAUUAAUGCUGUCAGAUCUGUUUAGCAUUGUAUGGGAACUGUUGAUCAGGCCUGAACCUCUGAUUGACCACUUGAGGCAAGCAAUGAGUCAGCUGUGGGAGCACAGGUGAAGGCAAUUCUCCUGUGCUACCAGAAGGGGUGGAGCCUGGCUCCACCUCUCCUAGAUCCCAUUUAAGUGCUGACUGCCACUGAGGAAGGAUCCUUCUGGAGAUUGCUCUUCUUGGAGUUUAUUGUGAGCCUACAACACUGGUGAGCAUUUUUCAUUUAUUAUUUUUUCCACUGCAAUAAUUCUACUUAGCCUAACCUCUGUCCACCUAUUGAUUGUACAAGCUUUUUUAUGCGUAAUACUGGACUGUCUCAAAAGAAGACCUGCCAAGUAUUUUUGUAACAGCCUUUUAUACAGUCUUUUUAUAUUUCAUGAAUAGGAAGGUUUGUGAUUGUACUAAUUUUCCUUUGUUGAAAACAUCAGUGCAAUCCCAGUUGUUUUUACUAAUAAUUUUGUAGUACAAGUGGGAAGUUACUGAAAUUAUUACACCUUCCAAAAAAGAAGGCAGUAUGGAAGUGUUCUAGUGGGACACACGCUUUUCUCUGUGCCACACGUUCUGUCUGCAAAAGCCACAGCAGGUAUCUUUAUAAUCCCACUUAGUACUUAGUUGGUGCAACUAAAUAAAAUAAAAUAGAAACCAACCCUUCCACAUUUUUAGUGGAGCAACCUGAGUUUUUGUAUUUAAGAACAAGAUGAUGAUUCUUUCAUUGCCAGACUGUAUUUCUGCAUCAAGCUGCAGGAGGGAAAAAAAAAAAAAGACAGUUUGUUUUACAAGUGUUAGAGAGAUCAUGGUGUUAAAUAUAUGCCUGCUGCGUGCUCUUAACCUCUGACAGAACAAAGAGAAUUUCAUGUGCAGCUACUGACUAAAAUGAUAAACCUUAGAGAAGGAUUUGAAAUUACAGUCUCAGCCAACCAAUCAUGUGUGCUGUAUUUAGCUCCAAGUCACACUGGUUACCAGAGGCACUGUGCUGCACAGGACAGUCAGGAGUAGCAGAAAAGACCACAUUUGCUUAAGAUGGUCCCUCCAGGCCAGCAGAUCUUGGUGUUUCACACUAGUUAAGGUUCUAAGCUGCAACUUUUUUAAUAGUCUUCUGCCAACAUAAUCAUUCAGAUCACACACAGUUGUGACAGUAUGGAUUCAAAGAAGAGAGAAUAGAGUGUGAGGAAGGCGUUUGCUUAGGUAAUUAAUGUUCAUGUUUGCUGUAACUAGGUUUUCUCACUGCAUAACCCAAAUGAAUGACCCAAACCAUGUUAUUUGUUAUUGGUGUGUAGCAGAAAUGUUAAGUCAGGGCCCGAAGCAGUGAUUGAGCACCUGGUGGAAAGGCAGGGCCAACCCAGGGGAGCUCAGGUGUGUGCAAUGCAUCUGAGUGGCUGGAAGGGGUGGAGCCAGGAUCCACCUCUUCCCACACCACAUUUAAGGGUUGGCAGUGGAAGCAAAGCUAUCUUGCUGGAGAUUGCUGCCUACCUUCCGAAGGUAAGCAGCUUUUUUUUCCAUUGUUUCUGCAUCCUAUUCUGCUGCAUUUGGGUUUGUUCUCACUUGCUGCAGCCUAAGACUUUGCCAUUCAGCUGUUACUGCUGUACUUUCCAUCACAUUAUAGCAUUACAGUGUGUGACAGAAGCUCUGAAGCUAUUCUCAAAUGCCUUCAGUGUGAGGACACAAAGCUGCUCCUUAGUCUGAACAGCUUCUUUUCUCACAUCUUACUACAGCCUUUCACUGAAUCCUCCUAUAAGCUACUGUUAAUGCUCUUCCUGUGGGCUGAACAAACCCCUGUGUCUAAAUGUUUUUGUUUCUGUCUUUCAGCUGCCUAGGGUUUGUUUUUGUUUGUGCCAGCAUGGAUGUUUCUAAGUCCUGAAUCAUCCAAGGUAUCAAUUGUACCUAUAAGAACAGCAUAAAAGUAUAUGCUGUGGUAAAAUGACUAAUUGCUUAGUCAUCUUCAUAUUUACAUGUGGACAUGUAACCUCAUGUGUUUUGAAUGCGUGUAUCGGGAGGUGACUGUGAGAAGGGCUUACAGUGAUACCAGUAAGUGAACUACCAAGACCUUGAAACUGUAGGAAUAAAGAUGCUCAGUGUUGAGCUGCAGAGCCUCCAGAACAAAUACCAAGAAAAGCAGCCAGUUAGAUGUGGUUAUUUCACUCUGUGCAGUGUCACCAAAUAAAUAUAACUUCUAAAAUGAUAACAGGAGCACUGGGAUUUUAUUGUGAGCAUUUGCAUCUUUUGUAAUACUGAGAAAUACUUCUCCAAAUGGGAUUGCAGAUCUUUUUCAUCUCUGUGCUUUUAUCCUGGCAUGUUUUUGUUGGUGGAUCCCUUUACUAGAAGUGUAAAACCAGUUGUUUUGGCAACUGUUGUAAUCUCUCAGCUGAGUCACAAUGGAAUCAAUAUUAGUAAGUAUUUCCUGCUGGCUCAGAAGAGAUGUGAGGAAUUUUCUUUCCUUUUCAAAAGUAUUUUGGAAGCAGUUAUUGACAGUAGCAGGAUAAAUAGCUGUGUGUGAAAGACCUGGAACACACAGACAUCACCAGCUACCACUGCUCAAAUAUCUUUUCCCUUGAGUACAAUUACCUGCCCCCAUUCUAAUCGGAGCACAACUGCACAACAGAGAUUCUACUCAUGAAAAAAUACAGUUGAAAGCAGAUGAAGUCGAAACUCCAUGCCCAGAGGGCUGCAGUGAAUUUACCUGCAUACAGCUUCACACUGUGCUACCAUCUGAAGUGAUACCUGGUUGAAAGGUCUUAAAAUAUGUUUAGUGCAUGGAGGCUUUGCUGUAGGAACUCUUCAGACUGAUGCAGUCUGCUCCUUAUGCAGUGGCACAUGUGGGGAUGAUGUUUUCAAUAACAGCUUCCUGAGUUCAAUGCCAUCUAUUUCUUCAAAAAGAUGACUGUUGAUCUAUCUAAUAAACAUGUUCUUGUCCCAGA